AUGCCUCCGACUCUCCGCUCAGCAUCUCGUCCCCCGUCCAACAAUUCGCGCCAGUCAACUCCGCUAGAUGCGCCUGUAACCAGUAAACGAUCCUCGUCAUUUACUGAACCUGCAAGACCGUCAAAACGUCGACGGACGGGCCGGAACGCUCGAGUCGCUACCGAGCCUCCUCAAGACAGCCUGGCCAACAACGCGGAGGAUAUAUCAAAAAGUGCAGCGACCUUGGGCCCUAAUAUGAAAUUUCCUGGAGAUCCGCCGGCCUGGGUUGAACCUCCUUUGAGGAGCCCUGCACCGAGUUAUGCGGAUACGCCAUGGUCAGCAGUCUCGAACGCGGCGAAUCCCAUUUUGGCAACUAUGCGUCCUCUCGGUUCUAUGCCAACCGCUGCGGACCUGCGCAAAGCAGGCCUGAAGCCCACGAAACCCUCCAAACCAAUCACGUCGUUGGCUAAAGAACUCCUCGCGUUGCAAAACGAUAUGUCGCAGAACGAUGAGCCUAUGUCUCAGAAUGAAGAAACCCCAGCAUCGCUGAACCCGCCAACCCCAGCGUCGCAGAGCGAAACUCCCAAGUUGUCGCAGAGUGAAGCUCUUCAGUCACCACAGAACGUAAAUCUCCAGGCUUUGCCGAACGGAAGAAUUGAUGCGCAGACGCCGCAAGAAGCCGCGACGCCGGCAGACAAAACUCAUUCCGAGGGUUCUAAACCCUGCUCCUACGAAGAAAUUGACGCGUUGCUGGCACUUCCCGUCUGCAAUUCGGUGAAAUUGGAUUUAGAGAAAACCCGGGAUGCCGUGAAAGAGACGUUGCGAAUGGCUUCAGAUACCAAUAAUAGCAAGGUCGUCAAAAGUCUUUUCAAUCUCUGGACAAAGGCCACACAGGAUCCGAUGGUCAUGUCUGUGGUUCAUGGAAUGUGCAAGAAGGAGAUUCUGGAUCGUAAUGCCAACGCCUUCCAUGACCUGAUCCGUGCUGCUUGGCGAGAAAUUCGGAAGGAGGACGCAACGGAUGUCUCCCCUGCGGCUGCGCCGCCUGACAUGACUCGAACUCAAUCUGGCACCACUGCUACUUCGUUGUCGUCUGCUCUGUCACCUGAAGCUCAAACAUCAGCUCCGACCACAGUGCCGACCCCCAUUGUGGCGGCGGACGCAACUCGCUCGAAAUUGCGUUCUAAAGGCAAGCAAGCGAAAGUCAAUGCCACAAAAGCAGCCAAUAAAGAUAAAUCGAGACAGACUCGCCAGUCCGCGUUGCCCUCGAGUGAUCUACGUAAGCGAGUGUUGGAAGAUGAUACGGAGUUCUCCGAAGAGGCCAUCCGUGCCAAACGUCAGCGCCUGCGGCAGCCUCUCCCCGAUAUUGUUCCUGAAGAAAGUGGCAUUCGAUCUACUCUAUCCUAUGAGCAGCCUGGUGGUGCUUUGUCGCCUUUACCCUCAUCCAUUGAUGAAGCUCAGAUCGCGCCCGAAGCGCCCUUGUUGAACGGCAGAGAACAAUCAGAGUCUGCUGAAAGCAGUGGUGCCGAGGAUAACCGGCGCCUGACCCCUACCUUUAGCAGGGAAGGAUCAUUGGACAACAGCGAUCUCUGUCGGGAAUGCGGUGGCCGAGGACAGUUGCUCUGUUGCGAUGGCUGCGUGAACUCCUUCCACUUUUCAUGCCUCGAACCCCCCUUGGAUCCCGCCAAUCCUCCGGAGGGAGAUUGGUUCUGUCCCAAAUGUUCCGUCUCACGGCCCAUCCGUAAGAUGGUGGAUAAGCUUGACAGACUAGCGAACAAAGAGUUUAUGCUACCCGCCAGUAUCCGAAAUCACUUCGCUGGGGUCAAAACUGGAUCUCGACCUGAAGAUAAAAAUGAUCGUACAAGGUACACCGAAUGUUCUUACAAUCUUGUCAACGGAGUCGGACGAGGAGUAUGCAAUGGUUUUUACGACGAUCCAAACCUACGCAAGAUCACGGACUCGGAUGGGAAUCUCAUCAUCUGUUACGCCUGCGGCCGCCCAAGCGACGGAGACAAACCUAUCCUACAAUGUGACUUUUGUCAUUUGAAUUGGCAUAUGGAUUGUUUGGACCCUCCCAUGGCCAAACCGCCCCAACAAGAGAACAAAUCCGAUAAACGUUGGCGCUGUCCGAUGCACGUUGAACAUGAGAUGUAUUAUUACCACUGGAAUGACGAGGGAGCCUAUGACGCGCGAAAGAUCCGUCGACCUGCGCGACCACGGAUGAUUGACAUCGAGAUUCUUCCCAGCGAAGAGGAAUCGGAACGAAUUGAAAAUGAAGAAGAUGUAGGAGGAGGCAUCCUUUACCGCGUCUCCGAAAAAGGGGUAGAAGCGGCUUUCCUUGCGAAAGUCAAACGGGAAAAUGCCGAGUUUGAGUACAACAAGCAGCAAGCAGAUAAGUACUUCGAAGAAGCUAGAGCGCAGCGCGAUGAACUUCAUGCACGAGCCGUCGAAUUCUAUGCCGCCCAGCAACCUCGUCCCUUGCCGGAUGCCGCAGAAGCGAUUGACAACUCGCGAUCAGCAGCCGAUCGUGAAGCUGCCAAGAAUCUUCUUGCUUUCGCCGCUCAGAAUCAGACAGAGCCUGCGGACGACAAUUCUCGGAUUACUUUCCUCAUCGACGCGCUGCGAGCUCAGGCACCUAAUGAUCUCCCCGAAGCACAUACUGAAAUCGAAUCUCUGCGUAACCUGCAGCAGCUGAUUGAACGACGUAUUCAAGCGUUGAGUUCUCAGACUGAGCUUGAAGCUACUACUGCCCAGGUCUCCGAGGCUGCUAGUUCGCCUAUUCCAAAUUUUGCGAUCGAGCACGGCUCCAAUAUGGAUGAGCCGGUCGAGGCAACUUCUGCUUAG